AUGGGAGGGCAAAUUUUGGGGUACAACAAUGAUGUUGGGCAGUUAAUUGGCCAGACCACCAUUUCACCUGUGACAGCUGACAAGACCAAUGAUGCAGAAAUUCUGCUUGAUCAGCUAAGUUUGCUUGGUAAAAAGAUUAACAUUUCUUUAGUUUAUGAGCUUACCGGGAUUGUUUUGGAUGAUGAAUUGUUUGAUUUGCUAGAUUUGGCCCUAUCACCUGACACCAUAAAUACAGUUAUAAGAGCUCUAAAGCUGAUGAGAUCGAGGAUGGAUCCUAUGCAACUUGUGUUCCAGUUGGAAAAUAUCAUAAUGGACGUCCUUGUUGGGAAAUGUGAUUAUAAAGCCAGAAGUAGAUUUUCUUCUCCAUCAAGAAUGUUCUCUCUUGCAAAUGCAUCACCAUUUCAAAGUAGAGAUAUGGUAAUGAACAGAGAAUUCGGUUACCAAAACGAAAUGAAUCCAAGCAGCAGUAUUAGUGGCAGGAAUGAAUCCAUGAUUCAUGGGAUGAUUCAGCAGGAACCCAUGGUGCAGUCUGAUGAUUUUGGUUCAAAUGGACGAUUAGGCUCUAAUUUUUCACCUCAAAUGAAGAUGGUAAGACUUGCUGACAUAACCGGUUCUUCAAAAGCCAGUAAUGCUCCUCAAAUGUUAGACAUGGAUACCAUACACAAUUUGUCCAGUCAAACUGCUCCUACAAAUGUUAAUCCGACAGCUCUCAAGGCCCAAUUCUUCAACAACUCAAGUCAAUCAGAUUCCAACAAUUUAUCAGGAUCAGAAACUCAUACUAAGCCACAGAGUUCUUUUUCACAUGCUAGUGACUUGAAUAGGAUGAUUGAGGCAACAAAUUCAUGGAGCUCCAAUAUCGAAACUGGUCCUCAGCUACAGCCAAAUCUUGCAUUGCAACUCUGA